AUGACUCGUCUCGGUCUCGUGCCUUUCUGUGAGGGAGGCAUGUUGUCGCUCUUUAACUGGAGAGGCAACUCGGGUGGCCUGGCGAUUCGUCUUUCUCCUCGCCAACGAGUGAUUGCCAUCGAAGAACGUAAACUUGGUUUCGCUCAAUUGACGCUUCUCGGUCAGGCUGCUCUGUUACAUCCCGCGUGUCGGACCAGCUACCAUGCGCGACUGCUCCGUCUGGGUCUCAUACCCCUCGCAUUCGGCUUACUGGCCUCAUUUGCCAUGCGAAGGCGUGCUCAAUCAACGUCCCCACUGGAUAGCGCAGCGAAUAUCUUUAUUGGUCCAAUGAUCGCUGUAACCGCCCUGCGAAGUUUGAUUUGGGGGACAAGUUCCAAACCAUACCAUCGAUUGAAAGACUCCGAAGCGCGGGGUUCACUUUUGGAUAAAUUAGCCUUUGGACUUUCACUUCUUUCUAGUCCGAGAGGAAUCGGUUGGUCUUUCGGGGUUCCUCUACAACCUGUCAAUCAAACCAGAACGGACUUCUUUCGAGAUACAUUGAAAAGACUUUCAAGCGAUUUAUGCAUCUUUACAAGCUCAGUCGCCAUCUUAGCCAUCAUUGACAUCAGUCCAUAUGCAACUACACCAAUCUUUCGAUAUCUCAUGACCUUCUUUUCCGGUACGCUUGCUUGGACCAUGCUUGAUAGCGCUGGAUGUUUUGCCCGACUAGUAGCCCUCUUAUUCGGACUUGAUCUGGCCGAAUAUACUUUCUGGCUUGAUUCUCCAAUCCGAUCGACGAACCUUGCAGAUUUUUGGUCAAGAAGAUGGCAUAGCGUCUUGAAACACGUGUUUGUGGAAGGGGGAGCCAAACCGUGUGAAGCAAUAGUUCAAAAGUUGUUAGGCAAUGGUGUUCUCAGUCGAUCAGCAGCAUUAAUUGGUGCUUUCACAAUCUCAGGAUUGAUCCACGAGUUUGGUCUCUGGUUUGCUACUCAACCGGAUCUUUCAUUUCGAACUACGAGUUUCUUCGUGAGUCAAGGAUUAGGAGUGGUACUUGAAUCUACAUUUUCUAAAUUGACUGGCCGCCGUGUAGGUGGUUGGCUUGGUAGAAUUUGGAUGUUACUAUGGUUGGUAGCUUGGGGUAGAUUGAUGAUUGAUUCUUGGCUAGACCAAGGUGUGGUGGAUAGUAGCUUAAUGAAAGCAUAUCUUUCAGAGCAUGGAUAUUUUUGAAUUGCUGUUUACUUUUCCCUUAUUGAUUGUGUUGUAAACUUUCCCUCAUGGAUUGUGAUCGAAUAUCAGUCAUAGAGUAUUCACUUGCAUAAUUGUCUAAAUAUUUGGAUGAUAUAUAACUGGCCCACUUGGCAUCUUGCU